AUGAACGAAGAUUGGACCGGGGAUUGGAAGGGCAUUGUCAAAGACCGGGUUGACAAUCCUUGGAAUGGGGAUGACUGGGUACCAUGGAACGUCCCUGAGAAAGUAUACGAUCUGGUAGAGCCACGAGUGAUGGAACUAGAAGAGCUCAUUUUAUGCGGUACCUAUCCUGGCGAUACCCGUUUGUAUAGAACUGGUCUUUUACGAUGUCGUUUAGAAGGAUGCCCAUGUUACGGAAAGAAAUUAAGAACUUACGUGAAUAGCACAAAAACAGAUCGUCGAGCAGUAAAAGCGAUGUGCGACAAACAUAAAUUGAAAUACCCUCUGACCGAAGAACAGAAUAAUCUUAUCUCUCAACAAAUGCAUCAAACUGCCGUUCAGAAGAAAGCUACAGCGAAGCUAAACCUGACACAAGAGGUUGUAGCAACCUGUGCGGAUAUCAUGACAAAGCUGUCAAAACAUGACCUUCCCCGAGAUUUCUGGACAACAGAAGAAAUGUUUGUGUUCAUCUACGGACUUGUCGAACGAAAACAACGAGGAGAACCAGUAACUGAAAUAACUAUCGAAGAACACCUUCAAAGUGUGAAAGUGCGACAUGUGUUGAGGAAUCAAACCAUUCUCGCCAUAGGAAACGAGCCGCGAAAUCAGCUUACUGAGGCUCAAAUAAUGGAGCUUACUACUAUUAAUUCUGAACAAGUGAAAGUCGAGCCGAUGGAUGCUGAAAAUGACGGAACUCUGAUUCAGGAAAUAAACGUCGAAGAUGACGAUGGAAAUGACAUCUCUUUGAACAACAUUAUUAAUCAACCGGUGAAUCUAUCAGAAUCGUUUGCCAAAUUGAUAGCUUAUCAUAAUGCGACCCUUGCUCCUACGAAUUCGACUCAAAUAUCAAUACCUUCAGACGACAAGCCGAGUAAUUCAACUCUAGUUGCAAGCAGUACAGAAGCAUCACUCGUCGCAGAAGGUGGUUCUGCUAAUAUAGCAGCAGCUACGACUUCGACCUCCAAUGAUGGCGAUUCUCCUGAGCUGGAGAAUACUGGCGAAAAAAUUGAGAAUGAUGAUGAUAAGCAGCAAAAGGAGUCUGACGCCCCGAAAGACGCAGAAAUUCUGCAAUACCCAGGGAGAUGUACUGACCUUUUCGGUGUCUAUAAACGCUGGGAGUCGAUUUUGACAAAUGAAGCAAAGGAAAAGCUCUUCGCAGACUUUUCGCUCGACAAACCUCUCUAUCAAAGUCCAGAUGAAAUCGAGGACGUGGAUCUGAAGCUAACAAUACGAGACGAAUGGAUCGCUGAUUUUCCUUCUUGGCUUGCAAACUUCAAGCCGUUGAAUUCAAUAGAUGACGGAUCCAAACAGAUACCACUAUCGGAUAUUAUAGCGAUGCGGCAAAUGUAUAGAACUGAAUUAGAAGCCCGCCACACUCCAGUCAAAUAG